AUGGAUUACAACGAAGCUUGCAAGGGAUCAUUCGAAUCCGAAAGUUGUGAGAUUGGCAAGAUUGGAGUGGCAAAAAUUGAACAUUAUGAAUCUGAACUAGAAGAAGGUGAGAUCAGAGAGGCAGAUGAGGCAUCCGGAUUAGAAAGCCCUAUCCAGAAUGGCACAGCUGCAAAUGCUGAACAGGAGCAGGUCCAUAUAAGGCAAUCAGCUUCACGGCAAAGAGCUUCUCAUAAUGUAGAUACUGCAGGUAUUGUGGUUUUGCAACAUAGAGUGAUCCACAAACACAUGCUUCCAAGCAUUGUACGCUCAUUUGUGCAAGAUACGAUUGAAAAGGAGCAGGCCCUUAUGAGGCCAUCAACUUCACCUGAAAGAGCUUCCUGUGAAGGAAGGAUUGCAGGUAUUAAUUUUGUGCAGCAGUGUAAGUGUAGUGCAAUCCACGAGAACAUGGCUGCAAGUCUUAAAGAGUUAAGCACAUCUUCUCAAGUGGUGGUUGAAGAGGAGUCAUCAACUUCAGCUGAAAGAGGUUCUCGCCUUGGAGGGACUGCAUGUACUGCUGUUGUGCAACAAUCUAAGUAUGCUGCAUCUGAGGGCCGAUAUGUUAAUGUGAGUCAGUCAACUUUGCAUAGAAAAUGUGGGAACCACCGUCGAAGCUAUUCACCAUCUAUCUAUAGUAGUUCAAAAGAAAGGCAUAAGAAAAGGAAGGAAGGAUGUUUUAGGUACUCUGAUUCCCAUUGGGCCACGAAAAUGAUUGAGGAAGUUUGUUCAGAAAGGUCCAAAACACUACUGUCACGGCAGACUGUAGAUCGGAAGAAAUUCAACAAUGAGCAAAAAAAGAAGAAGAUAGAAUUCUUCCAAAAACAUGUGAAUUCUUAUAAAUUCCAUUAUGCACAUGUUGCACCAACUAUAAGAUAUUGCAGGAUGAUGUUGCCUAAGCUACAUUCCAGCAUGUUGCGCUACAGAUUUCAUCGACAUAUGAUAUCUCAGCUAAUAAAAUUUUAUAAACAGCUUAUACGUGACAGGGACAAAGAGAACAGAAUAAAAGAGCGCUGGAUAUUUGAGGCCAAAGCUGGCUACCUUAAGAAAUGGUUUUAUGUGACUAGCUUGCCAUAUUCUAAAUUCAAGCCAGAGGAACUAGAAAGCUGUAUAGUUGACUAUUCAGAUGGUGAACAGCAUCUAAAAUAUUUUGACAUGCAAUCUAUAACCACUCAAAUUGAAGCAAUUGCCUCUAAUAAAGAACCUAGAGGCACCUUUGCAACUGAUAUUACUGUGCCCAAUCUAGAAAAUUCACCAUCAUCGCUUGAAACAAAUGAACAUACAAAGCUUGGGUUUUCAGUUGGUAUAGCAGAAGAAAUGGCCACCUUAGAAAGCAGGCCUUCACAAUACACCUGUGCUCCCUCGAUGGAGUUUUGUCAUGAAAAUCAGACACAAACUACCUUCCCGGCAGCAGAUAAAAACGAGGAAGGAGAUGUGGAGAGACCCUCUGCUUGCCAGCUUGAUGUGAGUGCAGCACUAGAACCUGCUAAGACACCGACAACAGGUAAGGCAAGUGAUGAUUGUGAGCCUACUCUAGAACACUCGCAAUUGCUGCUUGUAACGAAUGAAGCUACAAAGCCCGGGUUUUCAGUUGGUGUAUCAAAAGAAAUGGCUACCUUAGAAAGCAGCUCCUUGCAGGUAACCAGUGUGUCAGGAAUGGAGUUUCGUGAAAAAGAUGGGACCCAAAUUAUCUUCUCAGCAGCUGACAGCAAUGAGGGACGAAACACGGAGAGCCCCUGUGCUUCUCGGUUUGUCAUGAGUUCAGCAUCAGGACUUGCUAUUGCAGUGAGCACUGAUACAGAAAAUGCUGCCUCGAUUUCUAGAGAAAAACGAAGGCACAUGUGUUCUAGCAAUGAUAUUUCAGAAGGUCCAUGUAGAUCAGGGACAAAGUUAGGUGAAAAAGAUGGGACACAUAUCUCCUCACCAGCAACGCAAAUUGUCUUCUCAAUAGCAGCACAAAACGAGGGGGAAACCAUGGAGAGCCCCUGUGGUUCUCAGUCUGUCAUGAGUUUAGCAUCAGAACCUACUAUUGCAGCGAGCAAUGGUACAGAAAAUGCUGCCUCGAUUUAUAGAGAAAAACGAAGGCGCAUCGGUUCAGGCAAUGAUGAUAUUUCAGAAGGUUCAUGUUGCAGGCCAGGGAGAAAGUCUGGUGAAAAAGAUGGGACACAAAUCACCUUAUCACCAGCAACACAAAAUGAGGGGGGAGACAUGGAGAGAUCUUGUGCUUCUCAUUCUGACGCAGAUACGGCACUAGAACUUGCGAUGACAGUGAACACUGAUUCAGAAAAUGCCGUGUCUGGUUCUAAUGAAAAGCAACUGGCUAUGACAGUGAACAUUGAUUCACAGAAUGCUCCAUCUGGUUCUAAUGUAAAGCAAAAGCACAUAAAUUCAGGCAAUAAUAUUUCAGAAGGUUCAUGUUCUAGGCCCGAGAUAAUGCCUACCUCGAACCUUUUCAGAACAACAUUGCGUCAAGAGGAACCUCCAGCUGCAAGAUCACCUCCACCUUCAGGUGACAGUAGACAAGUGGUUCAAGCCGAGGAUAUAAGCGGCGAGGAAGUACCUAGUAGUCAAGUACCUUCCUUUGCCCAAGUUACCGAGCAGCCAAACAUGCACUUCAAUACCCAAAGUGUGAUGAACCAUCACCAUUUCGGUUCAACUUGCCAGUUUGCUAGUCCUCCAUAUCAACCACCUUGUAGGGAUACUCAUUCAGCAAGAAUUGAGGCUGACAGUGUUGGGGCAUCACAUGUUCAUCCAACGUCAGCUAAUCAGGUGCCAACAGGCUCCACUCCUGGGCCUCGUUUGGCUGAAGAUGGGCUUGAUUCAAAUCACAGUCCUGGGGCAUCACAUGUUCAUCCAGCUUCAGACAAUCAGGUGCCAACAGGCUCCCCUCCUGGGCCAUCUUUGGCUGAAGAUGGGCUUGACUUGAAUCUAUUUACCAUUGAGUUGAGUCGAUUACAAAAGUUGGCUGAUCUGAUGACAAAGAGGCAUCAAGAGAAGAUAGACCAGCUUAAUUUGGCACGUGAAAUAGAGUUGUCUCAAGCUAAAAGGAAGUAUGACGAGCUGGAAUAUAAUUUAGAGGUAGAAACAUUACAGCGAAAGAGAGAACUUAAGAUAAAAGCUGAUAAAAUUUACAAACAGCAGAUAUUGGCUGAGGUAUUACAGGUUAUAUUUAAGGCUUCUGCUAGAGUUGUUCCAGACAGUCCUAGAGGUGCUGCCCAGGAAACCAUGGCAGGGCCUAGUCGGUCGGCAGACCAGCGCAGUUUUCACAUUCCUGCACCUGUUUCAGCCCCCGGAGCAUCAACAGGCGCCUCCCUCAGACAGCGUCCUGCGACCGCGCAACGCACUGCUAUGGACUCGAUGAAUCAUCCAAGUGGUGGCAUGGGUAAUAGACCAGCAUAA